AUGGGCGGCUCUGUGAAUCCUAAGACUGGCCACUACAUCGGCAACUGGGGAGAGUUCGGUUGCCCUACCCCCCAGCGCAUCGCUACCUACUCUCUGUCCCCUAACCGUCAGCGUCCCUUCGCCGGUGCCGCCAACGCUGCCAUCUUCAACACCUUCCGUCGCUUCCGUCACCAGGUCCUCUACGUUGUGCCCCCCUUCAUUGUCGCCUACGCCACCAUGAACUGGGCCAUUGAGCGCAACGAGUUCCUGAACUCCAAGCCCGGCCGCCUUCUCGAGGGUGGUGAGGCAGAGUAA